CCCAGAAAGAUGACUUUCUCCAGCCUGUGCUAUCCAGAAUGUGGGGUGGCCCGACCCAGUCCAGUUACUGGCCCCUGCAACGAGCCAUGCGUUAGGCAGUGCUCUGACUCUGAAGUGGUGAUCAGACCCUCACCGGUUGUCGUGACCCUCCCUGGACCAAUUCUCAGCAAUUUCCCUCAACACAGUGGAGUGGGAGCUGUAGGAGCACCUGCGGUCGCAUCCAGUUUUGGAGGCUCAUUCAGUUGGGGGGGAUCUGGCCAUUACGGUUACGGGGGAUUAUUGGGCCAUGGGGGAUACGGCGGUUACCCAGGUCUUUAUGGUUACGGGGGAUUAUGGGGAUAUGGGGGAUAUGGCUGUAGUUAUGGAGGAUUGUACGGUUUAGGGGGAUACGGUGGUUACGGCCACCGUUACAGAUUAUGUGGCUAUGGGGCAUUAGGCAGUUAUCUGGGUGGUUAUGGUUAUGGUGGAUUAUGUGGUUCCAAGGUAUCUUGCCAUAGGUAUCUCAGUGGAAGCUGUGGGCCAUGCUAAAGCCAGCAGCAACAUCCAUGGAAGAAGGAAGAACCAGGAAAUGAACAGCCAGAUACAGAUUCACCCCUGAUCUUUUGGGCAUGGCUUUCAGAAGUGCUGGGCAUACAGGGCUCCAGUUGAACUCAGUGGGAGCUGUGUGU